CAAAUCUUAUUACAACAUAAGAACUACCCACAUAUACACACUGGACUGAAAAUAAGUGAGAAAAUGUUGAAGGUUGAUGGGACAGCACUGGUGUAACUAAUUAGCCUACAAUAACGAUGGCUCUACUCCAGUGACCCAAAAACAGUGUUACAGUGUGCCAUCAUACACAAUACCAGGACCCUGAAAGUAAAGCAGCCGAAUGGAAUUCAGCCAUCAUUCAUUUUAUCAUUUACAAAGUGUGCUUGUCCUACUUUGACACGUCAACAUGCUUGCUUAUGUUAACCCAUUUAGUUGUGGCAUUUUACUUGAUAGUGAAUUCAAAUGAAUUUGGUCAGGUCACUUUGCAAACAAUCUCACACAGGUUACACAGUGGUUUAGAAAUAGCCUAUGUGUGGUCAGAUAUGUGCCUGUGAGUCAAGAGGAAGUACCAGGACACUUUGUAGCCAUACAGUAGUAGUAGUAGUUGUGAAGUUACAACUAGAACUGUUUGUUCAACAUCUAUUUUAUUUAUUUUCAUCAGGUGUCUUAUGCCAUGGAAGUUUUUUUAUUUUUAUAUUAGGCUACGUUUCAUUGUAGACCAUAGACUAAAAAGGUAGGGCCGACUUACCAUGUGUAGGUCAUGUAACAAUUUAUAUGUCAAUUCAUUAAAACUGACGGUCUCUGAUAAGUUAUGGCUUGACUGUGGUUGGCAUUGUUUGAGUAAUGUUAGACAAACACCGGUAGAGGGAUUGAGAGCCUGAAUAGGACUGAACCAAGAGUGGCGAGUCUGCUGGGGUCAAAUUUACGUUACCUCGUUAUGAGUAGAUUAUGCCGGUGAAUAUGUUCAGUUAAUCGAUGUAUUGAAAAGCAAGAACAUUUUAACCCAAUAACUGUAAAAUGUCAUACGCGACUGAAAGUUUAACUCUCGGUUUUUACGGUUUCGUGUUAAAAAAGUAGAAACCCAACUUCCCUCAGAGUAAAUGGUUUCCCCUCGCAGUGCUGGUGCGCGUGGAGAAACUACUUUGACUGACACUGGCGAGCACACAGACUCAACGGCCCAGUUCGUCAAGUUACUGAACGGAUUAUUUUAUUUGGUAAUAGUCCAGCUGAACUCUGAGCCCCUAUCAUGCUGGGUUGAGUGUUUGUCCCACCCCGCAAUAUCCUGCCCUGGCUGACUGUACAGUCUCAGUGCACUUCUUUAAUAAUGGUAGACGAAUAAACACCAUGGUGGGAGUGGAGUGCAGGUCUGAGCAGGCAAGGGUGUGAUCCCUCUGCAGUUGGUCGACAAAGAGAGCGACAACCGGACAGAUCGAGACUGCCAAAGGAGAAGAAGAAUGGCUCAGAAUGUUAACUUUGACCUGAACCACCCUCUCAUAGAAGCUGGACUGGAGAGCCCAGUAGAUGAGGAAGGGGUUCAUGACUCAUUCAGCCAGCUGAUAGCAGAGCAGAGUCAGAAUGAAGGACUGUCCGACGCCUUCGAGCUGCAGCAGCUGCAGAGACAACUGGACGAGGAGGAUCGAGACAAUGUUGCCUUCCUGUCCAGCCCUGGACAUGACUUUAGGGAAAGGAGGCCGAUGCGAAGGGACGUGGAAUGGCAGGAUAAUGAAGGACAGGCAGACCCUCUCAUAGGUGAACGUUGGUCCUCGGCAACCAUGAAGGUCCUGUCCUCCAUGCCCAGUCGCACAAUCGGUCGCAGCAGGGGAGCCAUCAUCUCUCAGUACUACAACAAGACCAUGCAGCUUCGGAGACGCAGGCAGAGCAGACCCGCCAUCCGGGACUUCUCUCGCUCUGCCAGACCGAGCAUACGAGGCUAUGGCUUCGAGGUCGACAGUACCGACGCAGAGGUGAGUAAGAGGGAUCGUUUGGUGAACAACCUACAGAACCUGUCCGUGAGUGACAGAGUCAGGAUGCUCAGAGGGAUGCCUCUCAGUGUGGCUGAGAAGAGUGAACUCCGGAGUUCAGCUUUAGAAAAGGAAAAAAACACACUUUCUGGCAGACAGAUCCCAUGUUGCAGUCAACUCAAAUAUUACAUCAUCAUUGGUGCAAGACAUUGUUGGUACAGCUGGCUGAACUUCCUGCACUUCCUCCACCUGUGGCAAGUGGCGCUCAAGACAGUGAGCGGUCGUUUCGGCACUGGUGUCCUCUCAUACUUCCUGUUCCUUAAGACCCUACUCUUCUUUAACGUCUUCCUGUUCCUGGUGACGGGUGCGUUCAUGGUGCUGCCUCAGGCAGUGCACCCUCCAGUGCUGCCUGUGGGGCGAAGCUCCUUCUCUGGACUGGAGCUCCUCACUGGAGCGGGCUAUUUCUCAGACACAGUGAUGUACUAUGGAUACUACUGUAACUACACACUGCGUAAGAGCUGCAGGGAUGAUGGUGGAGUGCACAAUGUCUCUUUGUCCAAUGGAACCAGGCUGGACUGUGUGUCGAAGCACCUCUCUUAUAACAUGCCGCUGGCAUACUUUUUUACCAUAGGAGUGGCUUUCUUCAUCACAUGUAUCAUUCUUGUUUACAGCAUGUCAAAGUCGUUUGGUCAGAGCUUCCGAAUCGAUAAAUCUCACAGUAUUUUGGCCAUGAAGGUCCUCUGCUCCUGGGACUUUAAGGUCAUCAAGAAAAGUUCUGUCAAACUCAUGUCUGAGAAUAUCAGCACCCAGCUCAAGGAGCUGCUAGCAGAGGUGAAUCAAAAGCAAGUCAAGAACACAACGUGCCAGAAACUGUGGAGACUGAUUGUUCAUGGCCUGGCAUGGACUAUCUGCAUAGCGAGCACCACAGCCUGUGUGCUUGCUAUAUACUACUUCUCUGGUUACAUGCACAAGAACCUCCAGCAAAAUUAUCUUAGUGCCGACAAGAACCCCUUGUUGACUGAGGCCAGCCUGCUGGCUCUCCCCGUGGUGGUGUCCUUCAUCAACCUGCUGCUGCCAGGCCUAUUCAACCUUGCAGCCUGGAUGGAGGACUAUGAGUCACCUUCCGUACGCACAUAUGUCUCCAUCUGCAGAAACUUGAUGCUGAAAGUAAGCGUUCUUGGACUCCUGUGCUACCACUGGCUCGGUCGGGUGGCUGCUGACCCUGAAAUUAUUGGACUGAAGUGCUGGGAGAGUUUUGUUGGCCAGGAGCUUUAUCGUUUCCUACUUAUGGACUUCAUCUUCACUCUGCUGGACACCUUGUUCGGAGAAUUUCUUUGGAGGUUGUUUUCUGAGAAGGCGCUGAAGAGGAGGAGGAAACCAGUGUUUGAUAUCGCCAGGAACGUCCUUGAACUUAUCUAUGGACAGACGUUGGCCUGGUUGGGUGUUCUCUUCACCCCUCUCCUGCCUGCAGUGCAGAUUCUCAAGCUCUUGCUGCUCUUCUACAUUAAAAAGAGCAGCGUAAUGAUGAACUGUCAGGCCCCCAGGAAGCCAUACAGAGUCAGCCAGAUGACCACCGUCUUCAUCACUCUCCUCUGCUUCCCCUCCUUCCUCGGUGCCUCUGUUUGUGUCACAAUCACCAUGUGGAGCAUCACGCCCUCCUCAUCGUGCGGUCCGUUCCGAGAGCUCAAAACAAUGUUCCAGGCGGGGAAACGGUGGGUGGAAGAACUGGAAAAAGAUAAUCCCAACCUGUCCGUGCUGGCCAGGGCUCACUCCUACCUGGUGGAAAACCCUUUCUUCCUGUUUGUGGGAGCAGGCAUCUUCUUGAUUGUCAUCUACUUCCACAGUCAGGUGGUGGACGGUCAAAGGAAGAUCAUUAGCUUACUUCAGGAGCAGAUUGAAAAUGAGGGGGAGGAUAAGAAGUUUCUGAUCACUCGCCUCCAGUCUAUCCACGAGAAAAAACGAACCCCCGCUCGAAGACUCACAAGUCGGGAUUCCAGUUGUUGAGAUCCCAACCUCCAGUCGACAAGCCUCCUCAAUUCUCUGAGCACUGAGGUUUGGAGAAAUCUUAAACCAGCGUGGAUAUAACUGGACCAAUAACAGGGAAGGACAACUGUAUAUAUGACCAAAUUCUACCAUGUAUUGUGCAUUUUAAUUUUGGAGCAUUAGUAGAGAGUCAAAACAAACCAAGUGGAAAUAUCAGGUGAAACAAAGCUGUCUGCUUUAUACAGUGCUGUUUAUAGAUUAAAAUCCCUGAACUGGAACUUUAGAAAGUUCAGUGUUACAGACGGACAGUAUAACCGGAAAAAUCUUGAAGCUGAUGUUAAUCGGUUUCCACGGAUUUUAGUCAUCUCUCAUAAAAGCACUUUCAUAUCAACUGUGAACAAAUAGAUUUUACUAUUUCUGGUGCAAAAAACUGUAUGUACUGCAGUGUUUUUGUUUUUUUAAUGAUUUUAAUUAUUUUUUUUUAAAUAAUUUGAUCAGUAUGUAUGUAUGUUGUGCAGUAGGUAAACUUUGGAUGUUGUCGGUGUGAGUAUGAUAAUACUGGAAAUUACUUUUUUGUUUUUCCAUUUUGUUUUCUGAGUCACUCUUUUGGGGCUUUAACUGCCACUGUAUUGUCAUACUGUAGCAAUUAAAUUAUGUUUUAUCAUA